AUGGAAGCCCAGGCAGCCGACCGCCGCUGUUGGGAAAUCAUCGCCGACUUAGUCAAUGUGCAACAUUGGAAGCUGGAUGAUGCGCUUCACGAAGUCGCUGAGGUGCGCUCUGACUUGCACAGCUUACUCGCCCCGAGGCCUUUCAUUCCCAAGCCCAAGUUCGACAUGGACAACAGCUGGAAAGCCCGCUUUACGGGCAACGGGCGAGGUGGAAAGGGGGGCGGCCGUGGCGGCAAAGGUCGCGAUGGCAAAGGCGAGAAAGGUGAACGCUUUGAGAGGGGCGGCAAAGGCGGCAAAGGCAAAGACAAUAAAAGCAGGUACCAGAGCGGGCAGUGCAAGGACCCGGCCACCUGCCGCUACUUGCACAGAUGCACAGUGCCAAAGAGUGACGGCGCAGCGUGCGGGGGCAACCACCCGGAAACCCACUUCAGCGACCAGCGGGACGUCGCUGAGGAGGUCACGGCUGUCCCGCUUAGUGUGCCGGCACAACCGUCAGGUUCUGCAGGGGCCACCUCGACACUGCCCAAGGCAAGUGCCCCGGUUUCCUGCGCAGCCUCAGCGCUCAGUGAAGGGUCUCUUGAUUUCGCUACCUGCUUGGAGCUCUUAGUGAAGUACUUUUCCACUCCCUUCAGUUCUUCUUCACAGUGCAUCGACUCAGCCAUUGCCGCUUCCGAAGCUUAUUUUAACUUGGGAGCAUUCGCUUUUGACAAUGGUGCAAGAUCCUGGAAGACGUGGCGACAUUUGGUCAUUUAA